AAAAGGCAAUAAAUGAAUGAGAAAAAAAAAAGAAAAAAGAAAAAAGAAAAGUAACAGCUCAUUGGCCAUGGCAGAGCAGGGCUUCAUCUUCUUUAUUUCUUUCAUUCAUUUCCUCUUCUCUUUCACCUAAUCCCUCCAUGGAUUUCCCUUCCCCUCCGCCCCCGCCUCCUCCUCCUCCUCCUCCCUCCUCCCCCUCUCUGCCCUGGAAAACCCGCCUCCUCGUCUCCCUCUCCUCCGUCUGCGGCGACCUCGCCACUCGCCCCAACGGCACCGUCAACCGCCGUCUCUUCCGUCUCUUCGAUUUCAAAUCCCCUCCCAAUCCCGUCAAACCCAUUCAUGGCGUCCUCUCCUUCGACGUCAUUGUCGAUUCCUCCCGCAAUCUCUCUGUUCGUGUCUUCACCCCUUCCUCCGACGCCGCUUCCCUCCCCAUCCUCAUCUUCUUCCACGGCGGCGGUUUUGCUUUACUCAGCAACUCCUCUUUCUCUUACGUCGCUGUUUGUCGCCGUUUCGCUCGCCGUCUCCCAGCCAUUGUCCUCUCCGUCGAUUACCGUCUCUCUCCCGAACACCGUUUCCCUUCUCAGUACGACGAUGGAUUCGACGUUCUCCGUUUCCUCGACCAUGAAAGCAACACCAUCGGUCUCCUCCCUCCCAAUGCCGAUCUAUCCAACUGUUUCCUUGCCGGAGACAGCGCCGGUGCGAAUCUCGCGCAUCACGUUGCGGUUCGAUUCUGUAGGCAGAGAUCGCAGUUUGAGAGAGCGAGAGUCGUGGGAUUAGUGUCGAUUCAACCGUUUUUCGGAGGUGAGGAGAGGACGGAAGCGGAGAUUCAAUUAGAUCCGGGGUAUAUUGUUUCGAUUGCGAGGACGGAUUGGUUAUGGAGGGCGUUUUUGCCGGAAGGAGCGGAUCGGGACCAUGGAGCGGCGAAUGUGAGUGGAGAAAAUGCGGAGGAGAUUUCGGAGUUGGAGGAAUUUCCGGCGACGGUAGUGUUCGUGGGAGGAUUUGAUCCGUUGAAGGAUUGGCAGAGAAGGUAUUACGAUUGGUUGAAGAAAAAUGGGAAGAAAGUGGAUUUGAUUGAAUAUCCAAAUAUGAUUCAUGCUUUUUAUUUGUUUCCUGAAAUUGGUGAGAGUUCUGUGUUGAUGAAUCAAGUUAGAGAGUUUGUUUCUAAAUGUAUGGAGAAAUGAUAUGAAAUCAAACUCAUGAGAAUUUUCAUGAAGCAGAUGAAGAAGACGACGACCACGACGACGGUUUCAUUCAAA